AUGAGUUGGUCAUUGGAGAACUUUCAAGAAAGCUCAACUGCAAACACUCAAGGAACACUGGCAACAGUCAACACCGGCGAGCGCCCCCCCCUGAACCUGCACCUCCUUAGGGACUCUACUCUGAAGACGAGAAUGACGUCCACGCUGCGAGAACAAAUGAUCCCCCUAGAAGAACACCCAUGUGAGCACACCUUCAGGCAACUAAGGACCACGGCGAAGGAAAUACUCGGCCUGCCACAACGCGGAAGAUCGGACUGGAUAUCUAAAAGGACCUGGGACCUGAUUAGAAGGAGGAACCACCUGAAGCCUCUGGCGGACCAGCUCACACAGUACCGUGAGGAGUAUCGCGGACUAUGUAGAGCGGUGAAAAGAUCGCCCAGAAAGGACAAAAGAGCACAGCAGCAGAUUGCACGGAUCACAGGAACCCAUCACAAACAGAACAAACCAGUCAGAGAUCUAGAAGGUAACCUCUUAUCCAAUGAUGACGCACAAAUCCGAAGAUGGCGCAAACACUUCAUGGGAAUUAGCCACACCACAUCACCAAACGUUGCCAUAGACUACAGGAGUGUUGUGCCGCCAAGUGGGAGUAGCAGGAUACCCUCUGCACCCCCGAAUGUAAGAGAAAUCGUGAAUGCAAUAAAGAAGCUGAAGCACAACAGGGCAGCUGGCGAAGACAACAUACCAGCCGAAUUGCUUCAAGUUGACACCCAACUGAUGGCUGAAAUAUUGCAUCCACAUUUCUCCCGCAUAUGGGAAGGCGAGACGGUGCCAGCCUCCUGGAAAAGCGGAAUCAUUGUGAAGCUUCCCAAAAAAGGCGACCUUAGUGACUGCAACAACUGGAGAGAAUAA